AAUUUAAGCAUAAGAUUACACAUUGCAAUAAUAUUUGUCAUUGUUCAAAGUACAAACUUUUUAAUAGAUGACAACAAUAAUACUAUUAAUAAUAACAACAAUAAUACUUGAUAGUUGAAUUACUAGGAAAAAUAAUAUUAUUAUUGAACAUUAACUAGUUUUCAUAAUCAGUUAAUUAUUAUUUUAUUUAAUAACUUAUUAUUAUUAAUAAAUCAUUAUUAUGAAUUUAUUAUUAAUUAAAUAAUAUUAUAUUAUAUUAUUAUUACUAUUAUUAGUUAUAAUUUAAUUCAGUUCAACUCAGUUCAGUUCAAUUCAAUUCAAUUCAAUUUAAUUACAAUCAGUUCAAUUCAAUUCAGUCAAAUUAUUUUAUGUCGGAGAGAAGAUACCCUAAUACUUCCCUCCUAGCUCUCACAAAAAAAAAAAAAAAACCAGCUCUCUUCCGUUGACUAUAUUACACGCCUGGACCGUCUUUGUUCACACUCACCAAGUCACCACAUCAUCAUCUAUAAGACUAUAACCAUUUUGUCAAUCACAACGUUUGGAAAAGUUCAAAGAAAUACUCGUUCUCAUAUUGCCGUUUUUCAAAUCUGCUAACCAACUCGCUGCAUUUUCUCUCUCCUUCUUCCCCGCAACAGGCCACAAGACAGAAUGACAAUGAUUGAAGUACGAUCUUAUACAAUUCAAUCUCAUGGAGCCAGAGUAGCAAGAACGCACCUUCAUGAUUGGCUUACACUGAUACUUUUAUUGUUCAUCAUCGGUAUUUUGAACAUUAUAGAUCCAUUUUAUCGUUUUGUUGGCAAGGAUAUGAUGACAGAUCUUAAGUAUCCUUUACAACCCAAUACAGUUCCUGUAUGGGCAGUUCCUAUCUAUGCAGUUUUGCUGCCUAUCAUCGUUUUCACUAUCCGAUACAUUAGGAGAAGAGAUGUACACGAUUUACACCAUGCCAUUUUAGGUCUGUUAUAUGCAGUGCUCAUUACUGGGGUCAUUACAGAUGCUAUAAAAGAUGCAGUUGGUCGGCCUAGGCCAAACUUCUUUUGGCGUUGCUUUCCUGAUGGCCAGGAUAUUUAUAAUCACCUUGGUAAUGUUAUAUGCAAUGGUGAUGCUAGUGUCAUAAAGGAAGGGCACAAGAGUUUUCCAAGUGGUCACACAUCAUGGUCUUUUGCAGGACUUGGAUUUCUAGCGUUUUAUCUGUCAGGAAAAAUCGAAGCAUUUGAUCAAAAGGGGCAUGCAGGCAAAUUAUGUAUUGUGUUUUUUCCGUUCCUAAUGGCUGCCCUUGUUGGUGUUUCUCGAGUUGAUGAUUACUGGCACCAUUGGCAAGACGUUUUUGCAGGAGCUUUGAUCGGCCUUGUUAUCUCUUUCUUUUGCUAUCUCCAGUUCUUUCCCGCACCACACCGCACUCAGUGUUGGGGACCUCAUUCAUACUUUAGAGCAGUAGAAGAAGAUAGCCGAACACAAACAGGCUAUGCUACAAAUGGAAUGAAUUUGGCUUUAGUUUCACGUCAAUUGCAGGAUCACGUAGUCACAAUUGAAUGACAUUCUUUUUGGGUAGCAGACUAUUUUGACAGUUAUUUGUAAAUUCUCUCUUUUAAUCCUCCUGUGGUUUUAUUCUCUCUUGUACUGCAUUGAUGUUCUUGACUUUGCAGAUACUUCUUUUAGCUUCUUUAUGGAAUGCUAAAAUGUGUAUAAUUGUUAACAUACA